UUUUUUUACAUUCGGAAUUUCUCAUAACUAAUUCACAUUUUUGAGGGAGCAGUUUGCAGUUAGUCACCUCCGGUCGGGGAGGGAAGAUCUCUGGAACGGGGAGACCGUUUCGCAUGAGCUGCAUCGUAUCUGGAGACGUACAGGCUCAGAGGAGGCGGAGUCAUGAGUGCACAAGAGGCACCCAAACUUGGGAAGGAGCAGGGAGAUGGUGGAAGUGCAGCCACAGACGGCCCCUCAACUGCCUUACCCUCAAUGACCACAAAUACGAGCCCAGCGCCUGUCACAGUCAAGAAGGAGCCUGGGACCUGCGAGACGAGCAACGGGAAAAUUGGUGAUGUCAACCCUGCUGAGAUUUGUGUUGUCAUUGGAGGAAAUGAUGGAGGAGCAAGUGCAGGCGGAUCCCGUCGAGCUCCGACCGAGGGUAUGUUUGCCCUUGGUACUCCUCCUCCAUCGAAGAGCACAGACUCAUGCAUAGGUUCCUAUGUAUGUGGGGUGUGUGGGAAGAAGUACAAGUAUUACAACUGCUUUCAGACGCACGUCAGGGCACACAGAGAAUCAGAGGCUAUGGUUGGGGAUGGUUUACCCCAGGCUCCCAACAGUAGCUUCCGUUACUCCUGUGACAUCUGUGGUAAGAAGUACAAGUAUUACAGCUGCUUCCAGGAGCACCGUGACCUGCAUGCAGUUGAUGAUCCUUAUGAACAGGUAGUGUUACCUGUGGAUGGCCUUAAAGAGGAGGAGCCAGUUGAACCCUAUCAGAAAAUUGGACCAAGGGAAAAAGCUCUCGCCCACCUCAGCAGAGAUCGUGGGUUCAUUCGACGGCAGCGGGUGUCCCUUCAAACACAAUUGGCAGUGUUCGCAGAAACUGGGAGCUAUGUUUGCGAGUUCUGUGGGAAGCAGUACAAGUACUUCAACCCCUACCAGGAGCACGUUGCUCUUCACACACCAAUGGGCUCCUUUGAUAUGAAGGCGUCACGGGUACAGGAGUGUGGAAGUAUGGAUAUGAGUAAAUUUGGCCACAGCCAAGCUGCUAAGAUAAAAAACAGUCCUUUCAGGCGGAAACUGGAGAGUGCAAUUCAGUCGAGUCUGGUUGACACAAAUAGCUCGCAGAAUUCAAGCGGAACUCCGAGCCCUCUGGUGGCUGGCUCCUUCCCUACAACCCAGAAACCCUACACUUGUGGUGCCUGUGGCAUCCAGUUCCAGUUCUACAACAACCUGCUGGAGCACAUGCAGUCCCAUGCUGCUGAUAAUGAGAACCACACCAAAGGGGAGUCUCCCAAAACCUCUGCAGCCACAGGUCCUCAGGAGCAGCUGUGGAGAGGUCCUCAGGCUCAGGCCCAUUCCUCAGUGAAACUACAAAUCCAGCCUCAAAGUAUCUCCCAGAGAAACCACACGCUCAGUCAAAAUAAUGGGCUGCCUGAGAAGGAGCGACAGCAGGUGGCUGAGCGCCUCUUACGGGUAAUGUGUUCAGAUUUGAGCAUGCUAAAUGUGCUCAACAGCAAGGACUUCCUCAAGUUGGCACAAACCCUGGUGGAUACCGGUGCUCGUCAUGGUGCCUACUCCACCCGUGAUGCUCUUGGCAACAUGAGUGCCUUGGCACUGCGCCAGCUGCCCCGCAUGUACAACCAAGUGAAAGUCAAGGUCACAUGUGCUCUUGGCUCUAAUUCCUCACUUGGCAUCGCUGUCACCUGUCACUCGCAGAUGAUUGGACCAGAUGCUUGCUAUGUUCUCACAGCGUACCAGGUGGAAGGGUCGAGACUGAAGCGCUAUGUGCUUGGAGUAAGGGAGGCUGAGCUGAGGGAAGGCCCUGAGCAGGUUCACCACUGGGUGCAGAAUGUGCUAUCGGAGUUCGUGAUGUCAGACAUUCGCACUGUGUAUGUCUCAGAGCCCAGGGUGUGGUCAGCAGGAUUUGCAGGAUCACCUCUGGGUGGCAGUGGACGGGGGAGGAUAUGCCUACGCUGCGCCGGGUGUUCACUUGGCGCAGUUGUCCAGGCCGUUCUUGGGAAGCGCAGUCUCCAGGCUCGAGGUCUUCAUGAGUUGGCCGAGCUUCUCGCAACGUGCAGAGAUAUUGCCUCCUCCACCACACUGGCUCUCCGCGAGGAACUGUUUACCAACACAUCCUCAAGCUCUUCUGAUGAAGGUUCACAGGGCGGUCCCACUCAGUGCCCCUCUCCGCCUUGCUGGGAUCGCAUGGCCGAAGCUCUUCUUCAGGUCCAUGCCCACUUUGAACAGAUCUGUGAGGCCUACGGACGCAGCAAGGCCACAGCUCCAGUACUCCAAGGUCUCAACAAGCAUCUGCUAGGUACACUGGCUUCUCUGUUGGCCCCUUUGCGCCUGGCAGCUCUGGAGUUGAGCAGCCAGAGGAGACCAACCUUACAGCAGGUUCUGCCCGUCUACCUACGCUUGGAGAAGUUUUUCACAUCCAAAGCAGGAGAGGCUGGAACUGGCACUGCUAGUAAGCUCUGCCACUACUUCCUAGAGGCACUUAAAGAAAACUUCAAGGUUGAACGGGCUCACCAAGUUGCCAUGGUCCUGGAUCCACUGCUCAAGCUUCGCUCAGUGCCGGCUUACCAGCACGAAGACAUCAUCUCUCGUGCCUGUGAAAUGGCUGCUGAGAACAGGGAUGGAGGUAUGACAGGUGGUGGAGGUUCAGGUGGAGAGGAUCGUGACGCCGACGGCCCCCCAACUAAAAUAAGCCGUGUUGAGUGUGGUGGAAGUAACGGCGGCACCUCAAGGGGGGCGUCCUCGUGUUCUGUGUCUGGUAACGACGAAAGUCAAAACAAGGUUAGACAAGAAAUAUUUCAGUACCUGGCUGAGCCUCUUCUCCAAGGUACACCUGAUCUCUUCCACUACUGGAGCUCAGCAGUGGGUGAGAAGUUCCCCAGGCUCUCUCGUCUGGCUCUGUGGCUCCUCGCUGUGCCUGCAGUGGGCAUACAUGGCGAGUGCGUGACUGUGUGCGAGCAGAGCCUGGCUAUGAAGAGGAGGCAACAGGUAACCACUGAGGAGAUGAACAAACUCAUUUUCCUUCGCUCUAACAUGGGCUAGAAGAAAGCUCCAACCAACCCUCAACAACCGAACCCUCACCUCCAACAAAUGACUCAAGACUAUUAUUUAUAUACUGUAGGGUUAGAACAACCGUAAACUUCAAUGUGUAUGGACAAUAAAUACUUCUCGAAACAGAUAUUUACAGGAAAACUCACAUUGUAUAGGUUGCAAACACCCAUAAAAUAGCUUAUUACAUAUUUUAUAUGGAGAAAGGACUGUUGUAAAGUACUGUGGAAAAAAAUGUAGGGGUGGAACGUUAACUCUCAAAAGGCUGUUGUGUUUGGUUAUGCCAGACUCGGUUUGGGAUGCACAUGGAAGCAGAAUGAGUUUCUGUCUUCUCUUGGCCAGUCAUUUGAAUUCCUCCAGGCUAUGUUGCUGUUGUUCUCACUGGAUGGCAGGAUUUUCAGGUAUAAUCAGCUUUCGCUGCUUGAAACUACUGUCAUAGACCUCUGAAAACAAACUCACUUAUCAAGGUUUUCAAAGAGGUUAGUAUUAAAUACUGUAGCACGUACAGUAAAGUAAUCAUUUUCAUUGGUGUAUGACAAAAGGAAAUCAAGUAGUGGAUCUUCACUGCCGUUGUUUCUCUGACAAUUGUGUACUCGGUUUAUGAUUUACAGAUUUUUUUUUUCUACCACUGGAAAUGAUGCAUUUUGACAUAUCCAGCCAUGGGAGUUGUCUGAGUGAAAACUAUUUACAGCAAAUUUGGGUUGUUACAUCAGUGGUCUUGAAUUGUAGCUGCAGAUCAUUUGCAUGCACUGCACUGCACUGCAUGCAUUUUUCACCCAGAAGGAAAACAAAAAAAAGAACAGCUGAUAAAACUUUAAUUCUGAUAUGAUGCCUUCCUCCUUGUUUUGUGCUACAGAAAGUAAGAAAAUUGUCAAACAAGAGACACAUUUAGGCAGCGGUCUAAAUACCCUUCUGUUGGGGACUUUUGUUUGGUGCGUGGCGCACAGAGGGCAGCAUGGUAUCAAAACCCGUUUGUGCUCAGCUUUUAAACAGAUUUCAUGUAGCCUUACUAUAUUUCCUUUGCUGGAUUGCACCAACAAUGAAUUGUGGAACAUACUGAAUAAAUUAAUCUUAUUUUAUCCUUAAAUACUUGAUGGUACAACCCAGCUUGCAUGUUAGUAAAUAUACAAAAACAACAUGUAGAGGCCAUUUUGUGUGUUUUAAUACUUUCCAGGGCUGGUAAUUCAGUAAAUGCCACAUCAGUUAGCUUUGUGAAAAGACACUUGUAUGUGUCCUUAAGUGUGUCCAUUAAUACACAUUUUCCUAUGUUGAAGAUGUUCUGCCUGUGCGUUGCCAUUAGAUAAACAGCAGUAAGUUAUUAGCCUUCCGUUUUAGCUUUUGGACAAGGAUUUAUUUCUUAAUUAUAUAAAUCCUUGUGUGGUUGCCCACUGUAUGUGUGUGUGUGUGUGUGUUCAAAGCUUAAUUAAGAAACUUAUUAGUGCUACCUUUUUAUUUAUUAUUCUUUCCGCAUUAAUCUUUCUAAUAUAAAUUUUGUCUUCCUUAUGUGAACCACAUAUUUUCAUUUUUAAGGCAAUAAGCUUUAUCACGAGGCACCGUUUCUGACUUUCUCUCGUUUAAAAAAAAAACAAAAAACGACUGUUGUCACGAUGCUCCUGCAGUUUUAAUAUUAAGAAUAUAUUAUUUUCUCUUUGUGAAAUAAAUGGGAUCUUCUCAGGAAUGAGUGCACCCACGCAGGCACCGCCACUUUUUCCUCACUGAACCUAAAAAACUCACACAACUGUGACCUCAACGCCGAGGCAUGUACUGAAUCGUGACUUUUGUGAAACGUUCCACCCCAAAUGCAGUUGGUGCCAUUUGCAACAAACAGAACAAUUUAAAAAGAUGGAACACUUUUAGGACAAAGCAAAUUCUCACAGUACAUUCAUUAAAGUCACCACAUGCAUUCUAAUGAAGUCAAGUUAUUUAUUUUUCUAAUGGAUUUUACAAUACAUUUACACGAGCUAAUACCUCCUAAAAUGACUUGGAUGAAUGGAAGUUAUACUGUAAUACGUUGUUUGUUGCCUCUGGUACUAAAUCGGUCAACUACUAGUUUGUCAUUUGUGUUUUUUGGGCCUUAAGUCUCUCUUUCAUGCGAUCACUUUAACCCCUCAAGUCAGAGCCAAUGCCAUGCCUUUUCUAUUGCUCUUCGAUUGCCUUCUGUUCACCAUCUUUUUCUGAAGCUUGUAGUUUUGUUUUCACUGCUGUCGACUCCAAAGGACUCACUGACAAAAUGGUUGAAGCAGUGCCCUCUGGUGGUCUGAUGUGGACUUCUUUU